GUUCGCUGGGGGUGAGUGGGCCCUCCGCUGGAAAGGCGCCCAGUAUCGUUAGAGGUUUUGAAGUUGUUGAAAGGUGUUAUACAUGUAACCAGCUUGACAUGGAUAUAAUUCAGCAGAGUUCAAAAUGCGAAUCGUGCACAAUGAAUAAUGAUGCAGUGCUAAAGUGAUGUUAUUGAAGCUUCAUAUACGAAGAGUGCAAUAUUUUCUGUUAUCUGAAAGUGAUUUAAUAGAAUAAAAUAUAAUAAGUGAGUUGCAAGAAGACAUCCAGCCAACGACAUGGCGAUAGCAAACUACACACUGCCAUUUGGCAGCAUUCAGGCCCCUGCCUGGAAUACUGUCAGCCCAAUACACAGUCAGCAUGCUUCGGCCGUGAAUAAUUUGCUGUACGGUCCUUCCGGUCACCAAGAGGACGAUCCAAACGAUCAAGGCUUCUACGAGAAUAACCCUUAUGCCCCUCCCUCUCAACACCAUCGCCAGCAGCAGCAAAAUGCUCCUCAGCAGAGCGCACAGUAUCGCCAGGCCCCGAGAAACAACUAUCUACCCCCUCCUCCCCAAUCCUAUACACAGCCGCCACCAAAGCAGCAACAGGGCUAUCAGCAAUCGCCGCCUCAAACAUCCUCGAGGACGUACGGGGAAGGAACGUACUCCCAAGGAUCUUCGCGGAGUAAUCCUCAGCAGCAACAAAAUCCCGGCUACUACAACUCUGCUGUGUACAAUCAACAAUAUCCCAAACAACAACCCACCGGUUUUAACGUUCCACAGUCACAACCGCCAACAAAUUAUCGAAAUAACGGGGGACCUCCCCCGCAGCCACCACCAGUACCUCCCAAAGUACCACAAACGUUACCCACGUCUCCGUCCAGCCGAAUUCCACCACCGCCGGUCAGUAGUGGCCGCGGUAUUAGCAGUACCUCUACCGGUGGUGCCUUUCCGGAGCGACCACCCGGUUUCGUUAAAGUGAAUGCCGGUCAAGGUUCGCGGACUCAAGUGCACGCCGUGCUGGACUACGACGAUGACGAGGAAGAGUAUUACGACGACGGAGACGACGGCUCACCGAACGCAGCCGGCCGAGUUUCUGACAAUCGUAAAAAUUCUCGUAUGCCAACGGUAACCCCAAUCCAGGGUCCAAUAUUUCUUAAGAAUGGAACAGUUCCUGUCGUGCCAUUAUUUGCGUAUCCUCAAGUUAGUAACGGAACGUUCGUCCAGAUACCGAUCUGGUGGACGGCUCUAUCGCUAGCGCUUGGUCUCAAUGUGCGAGGAGAUGUGAUCAAAGGUGUUCCUUGCGUUAAGAAAAACCAUCAGUUGUUCUGUCCGACGGCGGGCAAUAGUUAUCCAAUAGACAAAAUCGAAACAUUCAUCGAUGAGAAUAAAGCGCUGAUGAAACGAAUGUAUGGUGACUUUGAAAUGACGCGAAGUCCGCCACUGCAGCCGAACCGGAAGCGGAAACGUCACCUGCAGGACGUUGAUGAUCACUUCACGUUACUGCCGGAGCUGAUGGAUCUGUAUGGUGAGCCAGGAUCGCCGAAUGCGCCGGAAUUGUCUGUCGGCGGAGGGGACUCAUACUUUGGAAGGUUACGCGACAAGAGACAAAGUUCGAAUCGUGGUGGAGGUGGCAGCGGAGGUAACGGGGGCGGUUCGAACGGUUCAAAUAAUAAUGGUAACCGUUCCACGGCGAGGCCAAGUGCCACUGAUGGCAGUGGCGAGAGUACAGGAAGAGUCGACGCAUGCGAAUCGAAAAUCGAGAUAGUCACUCCGUACUGGGCUUCAAACUCCGCAGGAAAAGUUCGUGCCAUCGUGAAUACGCAACACUUUGAGCAGGCCAUUCACCAAGAAGUUUGCUCGAAAACUCAAACAUCUCGCUGCUCCGGCGACUGUGGCUGCGAGCAAAAAUAUAAAUGGCACCGGUUGCUGGCCUAUGAUCCGGACAACGACUGCAAGGGAAUAUUCAUGGACUGGUUCUUGUUCCCUUCAUGCUGCGUGUGUCGGUGUAAUCCUUGAAAAGCUAAACAACGCAGACAGAAAAUUGGUUCGGAACAAAGUCACGCUUCAUACCAGUUGUAAGCUCUUAGGUGUGCUCUUUAGUCUAGUGCUGUAUGUUCUAGUGAUAGUGUUAGGCAAAAGCGGAAACUAUACGAAAGAGAUUCAAUCAUUUUUAAUUAUUGUUUCUUGUAAGAUUGACCUAGAUUAAUAUUCUGAAUUUUGAAUAGUAGGUACCAUGUGCUGACGAAAUGAGGAAACUUGUAGCCAAAUUUUGUUUGCAAGACCAGCGAACUUUGAUAGAGUGCUCUAGUAUCAGUAGCGUUACCUAUUUAGAUUCGAAUAGAAUUCUUUUUCUUCCUGUAAAAAAUUAAGUUAUUUUUUGUAAAUACAAGUAGAUUUAAAUAAUCA